UUGGGGCUGGUUUUCUCCGCGCAAGCGCAACCUACCCUGGUUAGAGUGCAGGGAAGGGCGAUGGCGGCGGACGGCAGCCCUGGAGUGGAUCUGGCUGGGAUGGUCGCUGAAACCCGGGGGGAACCCCAGGACGCGUCCGUUCCUAGUUCUACGGCCGUUUCCUCACCCCGAAGUGAGUCGCCCCCUACCAGACCGGACCCCUCGGGCCCAGAAGAGGUUCCCGAGAGUGGCUCCGGAGCUGUGGGCAGCGCGGGAGCACGGCGAUUCCUCUGCGGCGUUGUGGAAGGUUUUUAUGGAAGACCUUGGGUUAUGGAACAGAGAAAGGAGCUUUUUAGAAGACUUCAGAAAUGGGGACUAAAUACUUACCUAUAUGCUCCGAAAGAUGACUACAAGCACCGUAUGUUUUGGCGAGAAAUGUAUUCUGUAGAGGAAGCUGAACAGCUCAUGACUCUGAUUGCAGCAGCUCAAGAAUAUGAAAUAGAAUUUAUUUAUGCCAUUUCCCCUGGACUUGAUAUUACUUUCUCAAACCCUAAAGAAGUAUCUACAUUGAAACGCAAGCUAGAUCAGGUUUCCCAGUUUGGUUGCAAAUGUUUUGCAUUAUUGUUUGAUGACAUUGAUCACAAUAUGUGUGCAGCAGAUAAAGAAGUGUUCAGCUCCUUUGCCCAUGCUCAGGUUUCAAUCACCAAUGAAAUCUAUCAAUAUCUUGGAGAACCAGAAACAUUCCUCUUCUGCCCCACAGAAUAUUGUGGCACUUUCUGUUAUCCAAAUGUUGCUCAGUCUCCUUACUUGCGAACUGUAGGAGAAAAACUGCUACCAGCAAUUGAUGUAUUAUGGACAGGUCCCAAAGUGGUAUCUAAAGAUAUUUCAGUGGAGUCUAUUGAGGAGGUUUCAAAAAUAAUUCGCAGAGCUCCUGUUAUCUGGGACAACAUUCAUGCUAAUGACUAUGAUCAGAAAAGACUGUUUCUUGGGCCAUAUAAAGGCCGAUCAACAGAACUCAUACCACGCUUAAAAGGGGUCCUGACAAAUCCAAAUUGUGAAUUUGAAGCUAAUUUUGUUGCAAUUCACACUCUUGCAACUUGGUACAAAUCCAACAUGAAUGGAGUGAGGAAAGAUGUUGUGAUGACUGACACUGAAGACAGUACAGUAUCAAUCCAGAUUAAACUAGAAAAUGAAGGAAGUGAUGAAGAUAUUGAAACAGAUGUUCUUUAUAGCCCACAGAUGGCUUUGAAGUUGUCAUUAACAGAAUGGCUGCAGGAAUUUGCAGUACCCCAUCAAUAUAGCAGUAGGCAGGUGGCCCACAGUGGAGCCAAAACAAGUGUGGUUGAUGUACCUCUAAUUGCACCAUCUGCUUUAAAUUCUACCACGGUGGUUACUACUGUAUAUCAAGAGCCCAUCAUGAGUCAAGGAGCUCCCCUAAGCAAUGAGUCACAGACUCUAGUGAAAGAGGAGGAAGAGAAGAAGCAGUUAGAUGAGGAACCAAUGGAUAUGGUGGUGGAAAAGCAAGAGGAUGCUGACAAGAAUAUCAGCCAAAUAUUGACUGACAUCUCUGAAGCAAAAAUGUCAGAAGAGUUAAAACCAAUGGAUACCGAUAAAGAGAGCAUAGUGGAAUCUAAAUCUCCAGAAAUGUCAAUGCAGGAGGACUGUGGUAGUGAUAUUGCCCCAAUGCAGACAGAUGAGCAGAUUAACAAGGAACAGUUUGUGCCUGGUCCUCAUGAGAAGCCAUUAUAUGCUAUUGAGCCGGUGACUCUAGAAGACCUACAGCUACUUGCAGAUUUGUUCUAUUUGCCCUAUGAACAUGGACCUAAAGGGGCUCAAAUGUUACGGGAAUUCCAAUGGCUCAGAGCAAAUAGCAGUGUUGUCAGUGUGAAUUGCAAAGGAAAAGAUUCUGAAAAAAUUGAAGAAUGGCGUGGUCGAGCAGAAAAAUUUGAAGAGAUGUGUAGCUUGGUGAUGGGAAUGUUCACUCGUCUUUCCAACUGCGCCAACCGGACAAUCCUUUAUGACAUGUACUCCUACGUCUGGGACAUCAAGAGCAUCAUGUCAAUGGUGAAAUCUUUUGUGCAGUGGCUAGGGUGUCGUAGUCAAUCUUCAGCACAGUUCUUAAGUGGAGACCAAGAACCCUGGGCCUUUAGAGGUGGUCUAGCAGGAGAGUUCCAGCGUUUGCUGCCUAUUGAAGGAGCAAAUGACCUCUUCUUUCAGCCUCCUCCUCUGACUCCUACUUCCAAAAUCUACACCAUCAGGCCCUAUUUUCCUAAAGAUGAGGCAUCAGUGUACAAGAUUUGUAGAGAAAUGUACGAUGAUGAAACUGAUCAGCCUUUUCACAGUCAACCAGAUCUAAUUGGAGACAAGCUGGUGGGUGGCUUGCUUUCUCUGAGUCCAGAUUACUGCUUUGUUCUGGAAGAUGAAGAUGGCAUCUGUGGUUAUGCACUGGGUACUGUUGAUGUAACCCCUUUCAUUAAGAAAUGUAAAAUUGCCUGGAUUCCUUUCAUGCAGGAGAAAUAUAGCAAGCCAAGUGGCGAUAAGGAACUAUCAGAGGCUGAGAAAAUCAUGCUGAGCUUUCACGAGGAGCAAGACGUUCUGCCAGAAACAUUCCUUGCCAACUUCCCAUCACUGAUAAAGAUGGAUAUUCAUAAAAAAGUGACAGAUCCAAGUGUCGCUAAAAGCAUGAUGGCCUGCCUACUUUCCUCUCUCAAGGCAAAUGGUUCCCGUGGGGCUUUCUGUGAGGUGAGACCAGAUGAUAAAAGAAUCCUGGAAUUUUACAGCAAACUGGGAUGCUUUGAAAUAGCUAAAAUGGAAGGUUUUCCAAAAGAUUUUGUUAUCCUUGGAAGAAGUUUGUAGGGGAUUUUUUUAGUGAGCAUGUUGAGACUGUAGCCAACUAACAGUUGGAGAGUAGUGAGCCUGAGUUUUGUUACUGUCUGCCCUUUCAAUGGCAGAAGUCAGCUGGCCUGACAGGAAAGAACCACCCAUUAUUACACUCUCCCGUAUGCUGCUGAAAACAGUUUGAAGAAUGGUUACCGGUCAUCAUUUCCUGGUCUUACGCAAAGUGCCAAGGGAUACUGCAUAGCUUCAGGAAAAGAUUCACAAGAACUCUCAAAGAAGGAUUGGGGGCUUUUCCAUCUCUGUAUGCAACAGAAAGGUCGACUCCUUUGUAUCGUGAAGUGGGAUGCAACAUGGAAGUGGGAUCUUGUAUAGAGAAACACAGGGUACCUGUGCAGGUCAUUUUAUGAAAGAUGAAUGAUAACUCAUGGUUGUGUUGGCUGUUUUGCUUAUUAGUAAGGAAAUGGCCAGCUCCUCUAAAGAAAAUUGAUUAAGCUUUGUGCUUUGUAGGGAUAAAAUUGUGCAUUUGUCUAUGGGGUCAGUGGCAGAAAUGUAAAUUUCAGUGUGUAAAUAUAUACAUAUAUAGAUAUAUAGAUAUAUAUAAACUUGCUUAAUGCUGACGCUUUGUGUUUAAUUGUUUUUGUAAUUAUUUUGCUUUCCAAAGCAAAGUGUAAUUAUUCUGAGACAGCACCUUCAGUUUCAAAAAACAAAACAGAGGCUCAGGCUUAUUUCUGGUCAAGUCUGCUAUGUUUCAUGUCCUUUACUAGAAUGCCAGUUUGAAGCUGAUCUAGAGGGAUCAGUCCUUUAGAGAAUGAAUUUUCAGUAAAUGGGUAAAUAUUGCUUCCUACCAAGAAAAUAAAAACUUAUUGACAGUCACUCUAGUGAUAGCUACUGAGUUGCUCAGCUGUGCUCAAUAAGUGGAUGGACAAAUAUUACAACCUUAGCUCCCCAUUCUUCCCUUUUCAGUCUUAUUAAAUCAGGGUCUUCAAGUCAUACGUAUUUGUUACAGACUUCUGGGGGGGGAUAACAAAUAGCACAUUUUAUAUAUUAUUAUUUAAUUAUUACCUAAUUUUAAUAUUACUGCCUGUUCCAAACAUUUACGGUUUUUACUGCAAUCUGACAAACUAUGCAGUUGUAGGAGGGAUGAUGGAUGACUCUUUUGUUCUAAGAAGCUGUUAGCCAACAUAAUGCUUCAUUAUUUUCACCUACUACAAUAAACUAUUUUUGUUUCCUUUGAAACUAUAUCUUUUUAGUAAAGAUAGAAAUUGAACUGAUCUUGUUUUUUUGUUUGUUUUUUUUAAAUGAAAUUCCAUACACUUUUUAACUGGCAUUUUACUGUCGUUUUAAUUUGCGCCCAUUUCAUAGAAGCUAGCGUUUGGCCUUGGUUAUAUUUGCUUAUUGAUAUUUGAUUUUGACUGAAUGAAAAGCAGAAAAUUUCAGCUGCAGCAAAUACAUUUCAUUUGAGGAGCAAAACAAUGGACAAAAGGACUUUCAUGUUUUUUUUUAUGCUUUUGAGUGAAUGUUAAACAGCCACUUCAUUUGGUUUUAACUAGGUACCGUGUGUGUAUACAGUAGUUGGAAUUAUUGCAAUUUUGUGGGGAGAGGGCAUCUGGAUUUUUAUACUGUUAAAUAUAAAUUUAUCACUGUUAUAAGUUAAUUGUGUGCAUCUUGAAAGUUUGAGUCAGUCGCUUGCUCUGAGUGUUAUCAAGUGUAGCACUGACACAACUUUCAGAGACGGUAUCAGUUUUCAUUGCAUACAGUUGGAAUGCAAUUUUCAUGACUGUCUUUAGGUCUGCUGUAUCUGUAGCAAAACAACAGAUUGUAAAAUUGUAUUUGGAAACCAUGUGAAAAAUAGAAUAAAUUGCAAAGUCAAUGUAAAGGCAUGUUUUGGUAUAAUGUUAGAGAAUGAGGAAAAUUAGUGGAGAAAAAUAAUUUUCCUGUUGUGUUUUAUAACUGUCUAAUGAUUGUAUGGUAGCAAUGAACAGUUCAUAUUUUGGCUCCACGUUGCAGGUUUGGAUAUAGCAAAUCUGCCUCUUGUGUUCAUUUCUCUUGGGCGUGCUGUUCUGUAAAUACAGAUGAACAUUACUGAAGGCUACUGAAGUAGGUGUUUAUUCUUAUUGAGAUUUCACAAAUAAUACUUUCUAAUUUAAAAGAGAAUAGUAAUUCCGGGUAAUAAUGGUCCUUUACCACUAUAUGCGAUCAAGACCACUGCUCACAGCACACCUCCAAAGCCCUAAAAAAGCCUCCAAAGACCCAUCAAUUAUUAAUUUUCAAUGUGACAGAAUGAAAAAUGAGAGUAAAAUGUUAGUGCUUU